UUGAGACCAGCCUGGCCAAUAUGGUGAAACCCUCUCUCUACUAAAAAUAAAAAAAUUAGCUGGGUGUGAUGGCAGGCACCUGUAAUCCCAGCUACUCGGGAGGCUGAGGUGGGAGAAUCGCUUGAACCUGGGAGGCGGAGGCUGCGGUGAGCCAAGAUCACAUCACUGCACUCCAGCCUAGGCAGCAGAGCAAGACUGUCUGAAAGAAAAAUAAUAAUAAGAAGAAGAAUCCCUGACACCAAGGAAACCUCAGUAAGGUGUAGUUUCUCUUAUUAUUGAUAGCUUUCUUUUCUGCUCCAGAGAAGAAAAGGUGGUCUUGUCCCUCCCUUUCUUUCUUUCUCCCUUCCCUCCUUAACUAAGCAAAGAGAGAAGAUGUAUGAUAUUAAGGGGCACAAAGAUCAUGUUGAGGCUUUUUUUUUCUUCUGUCCUCUUUAUUCUCCAGUGCCAGGCAGUGUUCCGCUAUUUUCCACACUAGCUUCUGUGCUGUUCUGAGGAGAUGUACUACUCAGACUUUUGUAGUAAUUGUACACCCAUGUGUAGUAAGUCCAGGAGCCAGAUCCAAAGGGUUUACCUGCAGCCUGUGGAAUGUUCUGGGAGCAUAUGUGGGGUUGCAUUCUGAUGUCUGUUACUCUCAUGUCACAGUGGUGGGUGUGGUAACCUAUACACAUUGUUCUUUUAUCUGAUUUGAAGCAGAUUCCAUGAGUAGGCACCCUUCUGUUAGCUAAUACGAGCAUCAAAAUGGCAAGAAAUCAUAGUUUCUCUGCUGGGAUAUUUCUCACAGGAAUUUAACACCAUCCGGAAGAUGAAGAACGAUUUCCGGAAGAUGGAGGAUGAGAUGGACCGGCUGGCCACUAACAUGGCAGUGAUCACCGACUUCAGCGCGCGCAUCAGUGCCACGCUGCAGGACCGCCACGAGCGCAUCACCAAGCUGGCAGGGGUCCACGCGCUGCUGCGGAAGCUGCAGUUCCUCUUUGAGCUGCCCUCGCGCCUCACCAAGUGCGUGGAACUGGGCGCCUACGGGCAGGCGGUGCGCUACCAGGGCCGCGCGCAGGCCGUGCUGCAGCAGUACCAACACCUGCCCUCGUUCCGCGCCAUCCAGGACGACUGCCAGGUCAUCACGGCCCGUCUGGCCCAGCAGCUGCGGCAGCGCUUCAGGGAGGGCGGCUCAGGCGCCCCGGAGCAGGCAGAGUGCGUGGAGCUGCUGCUGGCCCUGGGCGAGCCUGCGGAGGAGCUGUGCGAGGAGUUCCUGGCGCACGCCCGCGGCCGGCUGGAGAAGGAGCUGAGAAGCCUGGAGGCCGAGCUGGGGCCCUCGCCUCCGGCUCCCGACGUGUUAGAGUUCACCGACCAUGGAGGCAGUGGCUUCGUGGGCGGCCUCUGCCAGGUGGCGGCGGCCUACCAGGAGCUGUUUGCGGCCCAGGGCCCAGCAGGUGCCGAGAAGCUGGCGGCCUUCGCCCGGGAGCUGGGUAGCCGCUAUUUUGCGCUGGUGGAGCGGCGGCUGGCGCAGGAGCAGGGUGGUGGUGACAACUCACUGCUGGUGCGGGCGCUGGACCGUUUCCACCGGCGCUUGCGGGCUCCCGGGGCCCUGCUGGCCGCUGCUGGGCUCGCAGACGCUGCCACGGAGAUCGUGGAACGAGUGGCCCGCGAGCGCCUGGGCCACCACCUGCAGGGUCUCCGGGCGGCCUUCCUGGGCUGCCUGACUGACGUCCGCCAGGCGCUGGCAGCGCCUCGCGUGGCUGGGAAGGAGGGCCCUGGCCUGGCCGAGUUGCUGGCCAAUGUGGCCAGCUCCAUCCUGAGCCACAUUAAGGCCUCUCUGGCAGCAGUGCACCUUUUCACCGCCAAAGAGGUGUCCUUCUCCAACAAGCCCUACUUCCGGGGUGAGUUCUGCAGUCAGGGUGUCCGUGAGGGCCUCAUCGUGGGCUUCAUCCGCUCUAUGUGCCAGACGGCUCAGAGCUUCUGCGACAGCCCUGGGGAGAAGGGGGGUGCCACACCACCUGCCCUGCUCCUGCUGCUCUCCCGCCUCUGCCUGGACUACGAGACGGCCACCAUCUCCUACAUACUUACUCUCACUGAUGAACAGUUUCUGGUGCAGGAUCAGUUCCCAGUGACGCCCGUGAGCACACUGUGUGCAGAGGCCAGGGAAACGGCGCGGCGGCUGCUGACCCACUACGUGAAGGUGCAGGGCCUGGUCAUAUCACAGAUGCUGCGCAAGAGCGUGGAGACUCGCGACUGGCUCAGCACUCUGGAGCCCCGGAAUGUGCGAGCCGUCAUGAAGCGGGUGGUGGAGGAUACCACCGCCAUCGACGUGCAGGUGGGGCUCCUGUACGAAGAGGGUGUUCGCAAGGCCCAGAGCAGCGACUCCAGCAAGAGGACCUUCUCCGUGUACAGCAGCUCUCGGCAGCAGGGCCGCUACGCCCCCAGCUAUACCCCCAGUGCCCCGAUGGACACCAACCUCUUGAGCAAUAUCCAGAAGCUAUUCUCUGAACGUAUUGAUGUGUUCAGCCCUGUGGAGUUCAACAAGGUCUCGGUGCUGACUGGCAUCAUCAAGAUCAGCCUGAAGACGCUGCUGGAGUGUGUGCGGCUGCGCACCUUUGGGCGCUUCGGGCUGCAGCAGGUGCAAGUGGACUGCCACUUUCUGCAGCUCUACCUGUGGCGUUUUGUGGCCGACGAAGAACUCGUGCACCUGCUGCUAGACGAAGUGGUGGCCUCGGCUGCCCUGCGCUGCCCAGACCCUGUGCCCAUGGAGCCCAGUGUGGUCGAGGUCAUCUGCGAGCGCGGCUAGGCGCAGCCGCUGCCAUGCACCGGCCUGUCCCGGGACCCUAUGGCACCCAGGCUCUGGUCUCGGUGGUCCUUCCCCGCAGGCAGGUGUCAGGACCCGCCUAAUAAAAACAUGUGUGGCCUCCUC